AUGAGACGUGUUGUUAUACAAUGUCAACACGAUGACGAUAUUCCAAUAAUAAUGGAAAUAAUCAAUUCGUAUGGAGGAAGUUUAAUUCGACCACAGUCACCUCAAAGAUUCGAUAUGAUUCAUGUGGAUUUAUCAGAAGAAAAUGAAACAACAUUAAGUGAUUUUGUCAAGGAAUUACAAAUUCAUACUACUACUACUACUACUACUACUACUACUACUACUACUACUACUACUACUACUACUACUACUACUACUACUACUACUACUACUACUACUACUACUACUACUACUACUACUACUACUACUACUACUACUACUACUACUACUACUACUACUACUACUACUACUACUACUACUACUACUACUACUACUACUACUACUACUACUACUACUACUACUACUACUACUACUACUACUACUACUACUACUACUACUACUACUACUACUACUACUACUACUACUACUACUACUACUACUACUACUACUACUACUACUACUACUACUACUACUACUACUACUACUACUACUACUACUACUACUACUACUACUACUACUACUACUACUACUACUACUACUACUACUACUACUACUACUACUACUACUACUACUACUACUACUACUACUACUACUACUACUACUACUACUACUACUACUACUACUACUACUACUACUACUACUACUACUACUACUACUACUACUACUACUACUACUACUACUACUACUACUACUACUACUACUACUACUACUACUACUACUACUACUACUACUACUACUACUACUACUACUACUACUACUACUACUACUACUACUACUACUACUACUACUACUACUACUACUACUACUACUACUACUACUACUACUACUACUACUACUACUACUACUACUACUACUACUGUGGUGUGUGCUACUUAUACUGAUACAAGUAGUAUAUGA